AAGCUCACCCUCCAGUUUGUUUCCAUACAGGAACUCGACACUGGGACACGGCCAACGCUCGAUAACAACAAAAUACAAGGAAAUAAAAAAGUACAAGAAAAAUGCUAAAAUAAACGCCAAAAAGCAAUUGCCCAAUCACCCGCACUGAUCUGGCACCCCGUACAUGAAAAAUUUCAACCAAAAUGUCAUACGAAGAUCUGGCCAGAACCCUCCGCACAUAUGGCUUUCAACCAGACGCCGAUGCCCUGAGGUCCGCCUUCUCUCAAGGACCAGAGGCAUCGGAAUGGGUGCGCCGCCACCUCAUGAGCCCCGAAACCCUUCUCGCUCGCGACGAGCUGGACCAGUACGCCGCGCUGGUUAAAUCUGGCGCCGCGGACAGGCUGGCGUCGGAGCUCGAACACGAGGGACGCCAGUCGUCGUCGUCGUCGGCCCCACAGCUGCAGCAGGGGCCUCGCGUCGUCGCUGUGGGGGCUCGCGACGCGGACCUGAGGACCGCCAUCGAUGAGCUCAACCGCGCCACUGCCGCCGUGACCAGGCAGACUGAGGCGCUGAGGCAGCAGCACGACGCGUUGGAGCGGCUCUUUGCGCAGGACGCACGCGCCGCCGACGCCAGGGCAAAGGCGGCCGCUGGUAGGGCGCGACAUGCUGCGGCAGAGAAGAGGCGGCUGGCGGCCGAGGCCGAGGGUCUUGCGCAGACCUUGGGCGGGCGGGUCGUCGACUUCGAGGGCCGGCGGAACCGCGGACAGGGAGGAGGCCUGCAGCAGACGAUCGAUGGGCUGUUGAGGUCGGACGACAAGCUGCUGGCGAGUCUGCAGAAGCUCGGUUGGGAGCUCAAGGCUGAUGAUCCGGAUGAGCAGGAAGGGGUUGUCAAGGCGAGGGAGACUUGUGCGCGACUGAUCAAGUACACGGUCGAGACGCUGCGCACCAAGCUCGACAGGCUGUAUUUGGAGGCGCUCGAAGAGGAGGAUGGAAAGGUGAGGUCAUCCGCAGACUCUCAGCGAAGGCGAGAAGUCCCGAAAGAGGAAAUUGAGGAGAUGCAAGCCGAGCUGGAGGAGCUGUAUACCGAGAUUCUCCCCGUAGCCCAGAUGUCUGUUGAGCAACAGUUUCUCGAGCCAGCAGUCCAGUCUCUAGCAGGGCGCUCCGCCUCGAACCUUACCCGGUCUGUCGAGGCACUUGACUACAUCGACGCCUGUCUUAACUACCUCCUCCACAACAUGACGGCGCUCUCGUCACGCGUCGAGGACUACAAGGCCCACGAAUCGGCCACCGCCACCCUCCUCAGCGCCGCCAAAGCCGAACUAUCCAGCCAAAUCACCACCGCAACGCCGUCAAAAGCCCACGGCCGCACGGCAAGCCUACCAGCAGCUGCCUCACCCAUCCGGUCCCGCCGCGCCAACACAACAGCAAGCAUCCUGAACAGCACCAGCAGCGGCGCAGACCACCAAGACCAAGAGCCCGCACUCCCGACCCUGCUCCGCACCCUCGCCCUCACUCUCCCCGACGAUCCCAGCAAAGACGCCGCGGCCCUGUCCGCGGCCCUGCACGACCGCUCCGCCAAGGCGGCCGACAUGGCGCGCAACGUGCAGGCGUCGUUCGAGGGCUCCGUCGCCGCGCACGUGGUCGACGCCGCCACCGCCGUGGCCAGCCUGCGCGACAGCGUCCUCGCGGAGACGGCGGCGGCACCGACGGCCGGGGCAGACGGCUCGGUCGUCGCGCUCACGGACCCCGAGACGGAGAGCUUCAUCUGGAUGCUGCAGCAGGAGGUCGGCAAGGCGCGCGGCCGCCUGGCGGACGUCGAGGCCGACAUCAGGGCUCGCGAGGGCGGCGCUGGGAAAUCGAGACCCGGCCAGCUUGGCAGGGAGUCAGGCGGGAAGCGGGAGGAGCUCAUAAGGCGCUGGGGAUCUGCGCGCUGAUGGGACGAUCCUUGGGGAAAGCGUCGGUGCAGGGACCACGGGGGUGGGUGCUCCGCGCAAAGGCUCCACAGCCAAGCGCUCGGUCUGCCGCUGCCAACAAUCAUCCCUUCAAUUUUCCGACUUGUUUUCUUGUUUUCUUCACAAAACAGGAUCGGCGGAAAAGGUGUGUCGACAUCAGCCGAACAGUCUGUUCGGCUCGUUUUUAGAGCCCUCCAAGUACCACUCACCUGAUCUCGCGCAUACAUAGACGGCUCUUGCAGCCUUUUGUUACGAUCAAGGUAUCGGGGUAACCUGUUCUUAGGGUAAAGUACAGUGGGUUGAAGCAACUGAGCGUCUGACUGGGUAACUGGGGUUUUCAAUGACUGGGGGUGAAGUUAUGAUCGUUCUCAAGUAAGUUUUGAGGUUAACUAGAGUUUGAUUGCUGCUAAGCAAUCCUAGAAUCGAAUCUAUCUACAUGGUAAUGAGCGUGCCUUAUAUAGACUAUGUUC